UCUGUCUGGGCGGGCUCCGGGCCUGGCCCACUCCGUGGCCUGUCUCUGGACGUCAUUCGCACCUACGGUUUAGUCCCGGGCACCUCUGGGAAGUGUCUGACACCACGGCUAUACUUCCCAUAAUUCAGUGGGUGACUGCCUGUCCUCCCUCCCUUGCUGCUGCCUGGAAAAACCAGCUCCACGUGGACAGACCUCACAUUCCUGAUAGAUUUCCAAGACAUUCCGGACUGGGAGUCUGGCUGUAGCUAGCUCAUGAGGAUGCUAAUGACAAGCGGGAUACUACUGGCCACCGAUAAAAAAGGCCAGACGCCGGCUCCUUGUGCUGAGGAGCACUCUCCUACUGACGCGUGAUAUCAUGAAGGUUUUCACUGUUGGUCGUCACUCCUACUGACGCCUGAUGUCAUGAAGGUGACACCAACUGAUCCACACCAGGACACCAGCAAGGUGAUUUGAUCACAGCUUGGUUCAUCUAAAGAGGUUGGCUCCUGUGCUUGGUUCAUCUAAAGAGGUUGGCACCUGUGCUUGGUUCAUCUAAAGAGGUUGGCUCCUGUGCUUGGUUCAUCUAAAGAGGUUGGCUCCUGUACUCAUUUGGCUGGAACUAGACAUCACCUGGAGUGGUGGUCUUUACAUCCUGGAUGAAGACAGACGCAUGUUGAUAUCCUUAAACACAUGACUCUGAUGCCUUUCAAGUCACUUUAAAGAGCCACGGGGGCAUUUAGCUGCCACAUCGCAUCCAGCUAAACACUGUAGGAUGAAAGAGGGGGACAUUACUCUUCUCGCUUUGGAGCCAACGAUACGGCCGGACUACACACACCUCAGACGGCUCUACUGUAUGAACGGAGGACAUCACCUGCAGAUCCUACCAGACGGAACUGUCCAGGGGGGCAGAGAUGAAAAUAAAUAUGAUGUCCUGAAGGUGAAAGCUGGGGGGAUCGGUGUGGUGGCCAUUAAGAGCCAUGAGAUGGGCCAUUACCUGGCAAUGAAUAAAGAAGGUCAUCUCUACGGAUCAAAAAACUUUACAGACGAAUGUUACUUCCUGGAGAAGAUGGAGGAGAACCAUUACAACACAUACAGGUCUCAGAAGUACCAGGAUAAAAACUGGUUCCUGGGUCUGAAGAGGAACGGGCAACCUAAAGCUGGCCCAAGCACAAGGAUAGGACAGAAGGCCAUCUAUUUUCUACCACGGCCUGUAGACAGCACCGCCAUGUGAAGACCGAAGAUAACCAAUGUCAACAAGAACUAUGUGAAAACGAUGUGUUUGUGAUAACCGUGUUGUUAUGUUAUGUUCAAUGGACCUAAUGGAACUUAAUUUAUUCAUUUUGUAUCAGAUUGAUAGUCUUAUCUGUAGUCUAGUUUCGCCUAUGUAUGCUUGUUAAUGUUUAUUAAUAAAAUGUUGCUAAAUAAGGUUGUCAUUCUUGUUUUGAGAAUACAAUGGUCCCAUUUUUAUUUUUUACGACAAGAGUUAGUUCACAGAGACAAAAGAAGUUGUGGCUGGAAUUAUUUUAAAUACUUUAUUUCUCAAUUGCACUGGUACCAGGUCCCCUGACAGAUUUAAACGAUUUUAUUUGUUUACAUUUUGGCAAAAACUUUUUAUUGCAUUUUUAAGCAUCUCAUGUUAUACAGAAAUGUUUUAAAUGAUGUCCAAUGUAUGAAUGUCAGAGUGAAUGGUGUCAACAAUGGUGUCAGAAACAGCAUGACACUAAGAGAGGGGUGUUUCUGUCAGGAAGAAUAACUUUCUCCCUGGAACACAAUUUUUUCCCCCUCCUGAAAUCAAAAUAGGGGUGUUCUACAUAUUCAACUGGAGAACUAUUUCUUUCAUUGAACAUAGGAAGAAGCUAUUCUGGCCGGAACAGCGUUGCCAUGGUGAUUAUGGACACUGACAUGUCGACUAUGGCCACAAGGUGACAGCAUUGCAUCUUUCUUAAUUCAUGCUGCUUUUUCAGGAAAGACGCUUGCAACUGAAAUACACAAUGGUUAGUACAUACCUGUUGGUACAUAACAGUGAUGAAAUUAAAAUGUUUGGUAAUAGU